AGUAAUCUUACUUUAAAGUGGAUGAGGUUGGAAGUAUUGGACGCUAUCGUCCUCCAAAAAGUUUUUAAGUAUCAAGAAGCAGGUUAACAAGGACACCAAAAUAUGAACCUCAUGAUACUAUGCUAGACAGUGAAAGACGUACAAGGUGAAUGAAGGCAGCUUUUGGCGCUUUUUAAAAGGGCUGACAGUAUCCAAUUUCAUCCUUAAAUGCAUUUGUAUACGGUACACUCAAAUACAAAAGUGCUUAAAUUCACCAGUUUGUCUUUGCUUAGGUAGAAUCAGAAAUUCAGAAUCAUUCCAUAAGAACAGACAGAUAUGCUGUACAUUGUAACAGUAACAUUGUAACAAAUAUCUUUGUUUGGUUUCAAAACCUAGGCUUCAACUUGCAAUGCAAAGGAUGAAAUGCUACAGUGAAAAGGCUGGAAUUCACAGAAAGAUUACUCUCUCACACUCUCGCUCGCUCAGAAGUCUCAAACAGAGAGAUGCAUGCAAUGUGGGUAUCAUUGAAUGAGAAUGUCAAGUGUGGAACCAAGCUUGCAGAUGUUAUUGGCUUGCGAGAAAAAUGUGACAGAAGAAGUAAGAACUCCAGAAAAACGAGUUUGGAUGGUGAACUUGUACUUGCUCAUGGCAAAGAGACCCCAUUCCGCGAACCGAUAUGCCGUUCAAGCUACACACAGGCACAGCUCUUUGAGCUUAACAUCAGGGACGUAUCAAGGGACAUCAUUGAGAUGAUUGUUCGAAAAGCAUCAAUGAAUCCUUCAAAGCCAUCAGGCAGGAUCAAAAGUGUCUUGAGGGUGAAUAACUCCAUAGAAACACUUGAAAGGUUUGAGAAGUACAGAGAGAAGGUAAAGAAGAUGGCCAAAGAGAGAUAUAUGAAGUACCCAAGAAGCACAGUAGAUGGAAAUGAGCUGAUGAGAUUCUAUAACACAACAAUGACCUGUUGCAAUGGAGAGUCAAGGAGAGGCCCCGAGCUAUGUAAUGAUCCAACUUGUCGAGUUUGCAGGUUAAUUAAGUCGAACUUCGACACAGAAUAUGUAUUGGAGAAUGGGAUUCAGUUAAGUACAAGUAGUGAAAACUGAAAACACCAUGCCGUUGCGAGGGCAGCCAAGGCAAAGAGGGCUGUAAUAGUUUGCAGGACAAUUGCAGGGAGCAUUAUUAAUGUGGAGGACAAGGAAUAUGACGAGUCUGAUUCAAUUGGAAACCGAAAUUUGCAUUCCACCACCACAGAAUAUCUUUUGGUGCAGAAUCCCAGUGCUGUACUUCCCUGUUUUGUAGUAGUACUACAAACUGAUGUGGUCUAAUUUUUGUAUGUGCCUGGUCCUCUUUUUCUUAUGAUCAGUAUUUCCUAGCACAGAAUAAUAUAUAUGGCU